AUGGGUGAAAUAAUGAAUGAGAUAAAUAAAACAUCGGCUGCAUCAGUAAAGGACUUCGAAGACAUGCGUGUUCGACGCGACCAAUUACUUGCACAUAAAGCAAUUUUGAUUUUAAAACAAAAACAACUAUUAGAUGUUAUGAAGAAAUUGGACAUCGAAAAAGAACGAUUGCAAAAUGCCAGAUAUGAUCAACAAUCAAAUCGAGACUUUACAGAAGAAAAAACGAUCAGUGUUAUCGAGAUAGAAAAAAAACCAUAUUACAGUACACUUUGUACACAACAUGGGAAAGUACAAGUUUGUCAUGAAAAUUGUUCUUUGACUUAUCAACCCAAUCUAAAUUUCGCUCAUUUUAAAAAUUGUG